AUGUUGUUCCUUAGUACUUUGGUUCUGUCUUUUGUAGCAGUCGGCUAUGCCACGCCCCUUGCUAUCAGGCUGGACAACACCGAGCCUCCAGAGAACGCUACAUUCGUCCAGUGCUUCGAAGGCACCACGGACCCCAUCUGCCUCAAGAUUCGCGGACCAUCUUCCGAUGUCAUCACGGAGAUCGUUCACCCUGAUGGAACCGUCGAGGUCCAUCGUAACAAAUACACCCGCGAGCAACUGAAAGACAUCCGUCAUAAGAACAAAGUCAAGAGCGUCAAACACAAGCCCGGCCACACUGUCCGCGAUGGAUCUGCCGCAUUCAUCAGUGACCUCACGAAGAGAGAGUCUGGCCCUCGAAUCUGCAAGAGCGAGACCCAGCGGUGGUGGGAUCAGAACGACUGGGGCUACUGGUACCAAGCUUGGCACCAAGUUGGCAACUGCUUCUACUGCAAUCAGUGUACUGAGGCCAUUGCAGUUGGCUUCUCCGUUUCUCAAACAUGGACUGUUGGAUUGAGCGCCAAGUUUGGCGAAGUUAUCGAGGCAUCUUUUGAGUUCUCAUGGGGUGAGACGCACACUCUGACUGAUACCCGAACAUGCCAGUGGAACAAUGUUCAGUCGGGGUGCCAUUCUAUUUGGUACCAGCCCUUGAUGUCUUAUCACAAUGGAUACGCGAACUAUCAGACACAUACGCACUGUGGCGCUGGUCAGGGCCAAGGAGCCUCAGAUUCUUAUUACGACCAUAAUUAUGCGUAUGCCAACGUCAAUCAGAUCGGCAACAACAAUGGGGUCAACCAGGGCAAUCUGGGGUGUGACAGUGGCUGUCAAGGUAAUGAUCAUAGGCAGUGCCAGUACGGAAACAAUGGUGGUUCUCUUUGGCCCAAUGCCAACUAG